AUGGAGUCGGAUCCUUCAGAUUUCUCACUUGCGCAAGCAGCCAUCAAAUCCUCAGACCUCCCUGCCAUUGAUCAUCUCACACUGUCCUUCUUCGUCCUCGAUGCGGUCGACUCAGACGAAGCCGCCCGUUACAUUCUAAACCGGCUGUCCGCAUCUUCAGACUCCGCUGAGAACGUCCUUCGAUCUAUCAAACGGGAGCUAGCUCAACUAUCCCGGAAGUUCGCUCGCCACGAUGCUCUACCAUUGGAAGUUGAUGAGGCACUCCGUGGGGAGUUGCGACCACUUCUGGAAGCUGCUAUAACUAAAGACCUUACAGAAAAGCUGUUUUCAUUGAUCCAAUUUUCUGAUAAGCCAAGCCAGCUGAAAAACCUGUGGCUUAUGUCUCCUACUUGGUUUGCGGAGCGACAACUACCAGGGUACUUUGUUCAGGGUAUCCUUCAAGGAAGAAAAGGGUUCUACACUCCUCCGACAUCACCAGAUGAGCAACUAUACCCUCUACCAGAAGCAUUUCUCCUCCAAAUCCACAGAGUCCUCUCUCACCCAUUGCACUUUCUCGCUAUUGAGCGUCAGAUCCAUCAAGGAUGGCCAUUGGUCAACGAUCCAAUGCCCCUUGGGGCUGUCGCAAGAUCUCUUCUAAGAGGCUUGUUCGCCCUUCUCCCAACUGUCAUAUGCGUCCAGUUGUACAAACUGGUUAAUAAAGCAGUCGAUAAAUUCGACCCCGCCCAAAAGGGUUCAGCAAUCAAAUUUUUGCCAUUUGGCCUUGUACUUAAAUCUAGCCAUAGAGUUUCCAAAAGCGAAGCAAAUGCGCUUCAUUUGGUGGAAAAAUACACCUCGAUCAACGCCCCUCGGCUGAUCAAUGCCACUGUUGUGAACGACACGGACCUCAGGAUUAACAAUCAUCCCGUGCAUAACUAUUUACUGAUGACACGGGUUCCCGGAGACGACCUAAGCGACGUUUUCUAUCGAAUGACGUACGAAGAGCGCGCUCAGUUCGCAAAGGACUUGGGAAAGUGCAUUUCUGAAUAUCGCCAAAUCCCCAGCAGCCAUAACACCAACCACGAGAUCUGUGAUACCUUAGGCGGUGCCUUUCGUGACAAUCGGAUGGGUGGAGGCCUGCACGGGCCGUUUGAUUCUAAGAUAGACUUCCUCAACUACCUCAGUCCAGGCCGCCUAGCAGCCCUCAGAGACGAACUUCCACUAUCCGCACUCUAUCGAAACAACCAUAGAAUUGUCUUUUCGCACUCUGAUCUUCAUAGAACUAACAUCAAAGUCCGUGGCGGCCGGCUGGUAGGCAUUAUUGACUGGGAAGCCGCUGGAUUCAAGCCCGAGUACUGGGAGUACACAAGGGCAGUGUGGCCGUAUUUCGGGGACCGGCGAGUCGAGAAGGAGAUGGCGCUGGCUUUUGAGAAAAGUUACGCCGAGGAGUUGGAAGCUGAGAAGCUUUUGUGGAGGAGGUAUCUCAUGUUCUGA